AUGGACAGUUAUGAACAAGUACGGGUUGUUGGACGAGGUGCUUUUGGAGUAUGUUGGCUAUGUCGACGUCGCAACGAUGCUUCGAAUCAAAAGGUUAUUCUCAAAUUAAUAAAUAUUCAUGGUUUGUGCGAGAAAGAAGAAAAUGCUAUAAAAGGAGAAGUAAAAUUACUACAGAAGGUACAGCAUCCAUUGAUAAUAGGAUAUUACGAUUCAUUUAGCUUCGAAAAUCAAUUAGCAAUUGUGAUGCAGUAUGCAGAAGGAGGGACCAUGGAAAGAAUGAUACAAGAACAGAGACCCGAGAAGUUUGCAGAAAAAACUGUAUUGGAAUAUUUUACACAAAUUUUGAUUGCACUAAAUCACAUGCACUCAAAACAGAUUGUUCACAGGGAUCUUAAGCCGCAAAAUAUUCUUAUGAAUCGCAGGAAAACUAUUGUGAAGCUUUCAGAUUUUGGAAUAUCGAAGGAACUAAGUACAAAAAGCGCGGCUUCAACUGUUAUAGGAACUCCUAACUAUUUAUCGCCGGAAAUCUGCGAAGGACGCUCUUAUAAUCAAAAAACUGACAUGUGGUCGCUUGGUUGUGUGUUUUACGAGCUUCUAGAACUGAAAAGAGCAUUUGAUGGCGACAAUCUGCCGGCAAUUGUCAUGAAAAUUACAAAAGGAAUAAUGAAUCCUAUGGGCGACCAUGUUUCUGCAGAAGUCAAAGAUUUAGUACGUGCGCUGCUUCAAAUGAAUGAAAAUAGUCGCCCAGAUGUUCCAGAAUUGCUUGUCCAUCCUACAAUUUUGCCAUAUUUAAUAUCAGUUCAUUGUGAUUUGGGAAGACUGGACGCUUCACCAUCUGAUAAGAGAAAGCAAUCAACAUCCCUAAGUAGUCGCCUUCGUAUCACGCCAACAACCCAGACAAUGCAGCUUUCUCAGCUUAAUCAACAAAAUACUCGUUCUUCCAGGGCGAUACAUCAAUUGAAAAUUCCGACAAUUACUAGAUCAUAUAAUUAG